AUGACUUCAGCACAGAAAACAAACAUCAAUGUGGUCUUCGGAGCUAUGACCUUCGGCAAAGAAGGUUCAGAACAAGCCAGAGUACAUGACCUUGAAACCGCUGGCAAGAUUCUCGACAUCUUCCAAUCUCAUGGCCACAAUGAGAUUGACACCGCCCGAGCGUACUGUGAUGGCACGUCAGAAACGAUGCUCGGUGACCUGGAGUGGCAGAAGAGAGGUCUCGUCAUGGAGACCAAGUACUACCCGACCGCUGGAAAGCCCAUUCCUUCUUCGUGGAACAGCAACUUAAGACAUACUCCGGAGGACCUUCGCGAGAACCUCAUGAAGUCGCUGAAAGAAUUGAAGACCGACAAAAUCGAUAUGUGGUACCUCCACGGUCCCGACCGAACGACCCCGUACGAAGUUACUUUCAAAGCCGUGAAUGAUCUAUACAAGGAAGGUCACUUCAAGAGACUGGGAAUCUCCAACUAUAUGGCAUGGGAAGUGGCACAGAUCUGCGAGCUCUGCCGCAACAACGGUUGGCUUCAGCCAAGCGUCUACCAAGGUGUCUACAACGCUCUUCACCGCUCAGUCGAGCCAGAACUCUUCCCUUGCCUUCGUUACUACGGCAUUGCCUUUUACAACUACAACCCUCUGGCUGGUGGCUACCUCACAGACAGAUAUACCAGGGAGGCUGCUGACAAGGAUAUUGAGAGCGGUUCACGAUUUGACCCCAACAAGUGGCAGGGUAAGAUGUACCGCAUGCGCUACUGGAACGAAGAGUAUUUCAACGCCCUUGAUCUGCUCCGUCCUGUUGCCAAGAAGCAUGGCCUGACUGAAGCCGAGUGUGCCCUUCGUUGGAUGCAGAACCACAGUCAAUUGAAGCGUGAGCUGGGUGAUGCUAUCAUUAUUGGUGCAUCCUCCCCUCACCACAUCGAACAGAACCUGAAGGAUAUGGAGAAGGGUCCUCUUCCAGAUGACGUUAUCGAAGCUUUGAACAAGGGCUGGGAAGGCUGUAAGGGUAUCAGCAUUAGAUACUACCAUUGA